GCAUUGUCACAAGAUGUCCUCUUGAAUUAAAAAUGAAGAAAAAGAAGGCCGGGGAGAAAUGGCAUGGAAAAAUAAGCUACAAGGAUUAUGAGGAAGAGUUGGAAGAUCCUGCUGAUGUGGAGGAUAAGAUUCUACAUGCUCAGGAUCAAAUGGCUGGGGUCGGACUGGGGAUCAGCGAUGACCUCAUCAGUCUGGAGAUCGCUUCUCCCGAAGUUCCUGAUUUGACGCUCAUUGAUCUGCCUGGCAUCGCCAGAGUGGCCUUAAAGGGACAGCCAGAGAACAUUGGAGAUCAGAUAAAGAGAAUGAUCCAGAAGUUCAUCACCAAGCAAGAAACCAUCAGCUUGGUGGUUGUUCCAGCCAAUGUGGACAUAGCAACCACUGAAGCUUUGAAGAUGGCCCAGGAAGUGGAUCCUGAUGGAGAAAGGACUCUGGGUAUUUUGACCAAACCUGAUCUCGUUGACAAAGGCACAGAAGAGAUUGUGGUUCAAAUAGUCCAGAAUGAUGUCAUCCCUUUGAAAAAGGGCUACAUGAUUGUAAGAUGCAGAGGUCAGCAGGAGAUCAGUGGUAACGUGUCACUUAUUGAAGCAAUCAAACGAGAGGAAGCAUUCUUCAAGGACCAUGUGUAUUUCCGCACUCUCUACGAAGACGGCCACACCACUGUUCCAAAACUAGCUGAGAAACUCACUCUUGAGCUGGUGCAACACAUUGAGAAAUCUCUGCCUCGGCUGUGGGAGCAGACUGAGAAGAAAUUAGCAGAGUCUCAUGCAGAGUUGAACAGAUACGGCACCGGAGCUCCGUGUGAGGCAGCAGAGAGAAGGGUCUACCUCAUUGAUAAAGUAACAGAAUUUACACACAGCGCUGUCAGCCUCGCCACAGGAGAAGAACUAAAAUAUGAAAAUGGGUCCAAUAUCUUCUCGGACCUCAGAAGCCAGUUUUGUGAAUGGAAUAGUACCAUCGUGGUGUCUGGACAAAAUUUCAGUGCAAAGUGUGAGCAACAGGUGACAGAGUACGAACAAAAGUACCGUGGACGGGAGCUGCCAGGGUUCAUCAACUACAAGAGCUUUGAGGAGUUGAUCAGACAGCAGAUCAGAUAUCUGGAAGAGCCUGCUGUCAGGAAGCUCAAAGAUGUGUCAGAUGACGUGAAGAUAGCAUUCUGUCAGCUGGCAGAGAACAGCUUUAUUGGAUUUCCUAACCUCAUCAAAACAGCUAAGACAAAGAUUGAAACCAUCAGAAAAGAGAAGGAGAUCACAGCAGAAUCCAUGUUGAGGACUCAGUUCAAGAUGGAGUUGAUCAUUUACACUCAGGACAACAGAUACAGUGGGCAGUUAUUGAAGCGGAAGAGGGAAGAUGAGGAGACUGCAAGCAAGAAUAGACAACUUGGAUAUGUUAACAGUUCUCAACAAAGCACUCUGAGCUGUACUGACAGCAGAGCCACCCUGAAAGAGAUGAUGAAACACCUUAAGUCCUAUUACCAAAUUGUUGGCGAACGUCUUGCUGACCAGAUCCCCAUGAUGAUUCGCUACCACAUGCUGCAGGAGUCUGCACUCCAGUUGCAGAAGGAGAUGCUGCCCAUUCUUCAGGACAAAGAGCUACUUGAAUUCCUGCUUCAAGAAGAUUCUGUCAUAAAAAACAAGCGAAUCAGGCUUCAAAAAUGCAUCACCCGCCUGACCAAGGCGCGGGUUUUGCUGGCUGCUUUUUUUAGUGCAAAUGUCUUUCCGUUGAGUUGCAUUGACCAGGUGACAAAUGUAGGGGGCCACACCAAAGCUUGAUCGGAAGUGAUUUGCUUAAUUAAGUCAUGGAGUACACUUAUUUGAAGCCUCUACAUUUAUCAUUCUCUGUUCAUGGAUUCUUUUUUUCCCCCACUGGUCUGUGUUGAAAUGGUAGCACAACCUUAGUUGUUGUUUUAUUGGCUUAAAAUGUGCUGAUUGUUCACCCUCAGAAGUAUUCUAAAAAGAGAAAAACAUUGUUUUAUGUUUAACCAAGAAAAUGAAAGUAAAAGAAAAAAACACUGUGGAGUAACACAUUAUCACACACUUGGUGUAGUCAUACUAUGAGUGACUGAAUAAACUGAUUAGCAACAUUAAAAUAAUUGUCUGGUAGCAAACAUCACUUAACCCAUCGGUCUCCGGUGGAUUUGGGGCUCCGUUAGAUGGAUAACGUCACAUUUCCACUGGCAACACAAACAGCCACAUUCAGCAGAAUGAUUUUCCUGGUUUCAAGACAUCCUGUAUAUGUGCACUGGUGGGGAGAGUUUGAUUUGAGCGGAAUUUAUCACUGUCUGAAUGCGAACAUGGCAAAUCCGACAAG